AAAAUCGACAUUUUGACUUGGGGUUUGUAUGGGUCGUUUGUUGAACAAAUCCGAGGGUGAAAACCCCUCCAUUUUCACGACAAGAUGGCGACCGAGGUGCACGAAAUCUUAGACCGAACGACCAAGAAGGGCCGCGUGUACUAUCUCGUACGAUGGCAAGGGUUCACUGCUGACCAGGAUACAUGGGAAAGCCGCGUGGAACUUCGCCAAGACGGCCACUUCCAGCACAUUCAAGCGUUUGAGCACAAGCGAAAGCAGGCGGAGGACAAGGAAUUUGCCGAGCGCCAUGGCGCCGACGCCAAUGCUGACAAGAGUCCACGCAAAGGGGGUCGUCCGAGCAAGAGUCCAUCGCGUGGCCGCAGUCGCAGCGUCAAGCGAGAUCCGUCCGCUCCACGCCGCGCGCGUUCGACGUCUCGAAAGGCAAAGGUCGAAGUUAAGGACGUCGACAAGGUCGCCGCGCCGCCGCCAGUUGUCGUCGACUUGCUGGCGAGUUCAAACGGUGUCACAUCGUUGUUGGCUGCACCAUUGCUCGAACCACCAAGUGUAUUCAACUCAUCCGAGGAGUCUCAUGUCGUCCAUGCAUCGUCCUCCGCCCCUUCGAUUGCCGACGGCAGCCAGGCGGACGACGAGUCGGACGUCGUGUUCAAGCCAUCCGCGUCAGCCCUUCCUGCUGCCGCCGUGGACAACAGCACCGUGUCGCAGGCCGUGGCGGACCUAGCAAACCAGGGCUGGUUGCUGCAGGCAGUGGGCAUAUUCGUAGUCUUCCUCGCCAUGCUAGGGCAUGCCUUGGUGCCGCACAUAGAAGCGAACGUUCCCAUGUCCAAUGAGGUCAAGACCACCGUGCUAAUCCUCACGAAAACCAACUCGCUGCCGCCGCUCGUGACGCUAGCGCUUGUGCUUCGGGGCCGCAACAACAGGUUAAAACCAUAUAUAUAUAUAUUAUUUGUUUUCCAUUGUCAAAUGGAUACUAUGAUGUUUUUCCAACUAACUUUUAUAUAUUGGGGGGGGUGUUCGUUUCACAGGGGGUUGUCCAAGUGGAUUGCCAUCUGCCUCGUGUGGCGCACCGCGGCCGAAGUGAUUUUGCAGUUGCCCGACCCCCAGAGCUUAUACUUGUCCGUGUCGCUGUUGUGUGUGGGAGUUGCAGACUUGGGGGCGUUGGCCGCUGUGUGGUCGGCGGUGGGCGGCAGUCAGCCCGACUACGACGUGUUCGCACAGACGCUGGCUAUCUUUGGGUUUGCUUUGCUCGUCUUUUCCGACAGUCUGUUGCUCCCAUUGCAUCAAAUUCUCGUGCCCCUGCAACCUAUGCGGGUGCUCGUGAUGUCGUUGGCCACGAUCUUUUUGUCCAUGAGCUCCAUCUUGGCCGAAGUCUAAGUGUAUAUGCAAAAUAUGGAGAGCCUGGGCAAAAGAGCGAGUUGGCGACGACAGACAGCCAGAGGGAAAGUGUAGAGAGUGGGCAGGCCAUAAGUGCAAACGACGACAUAGUAAUUGCGCAAUUUGCCCAACUUUGGACUCAUUUCGCCUAUUAAUAGUCUGUAUACUAG